AGCAGCCCGUCCGGGCUUAUCUCCGUUCCAAACUCUCUCUCUCUCUCUCUCUCUCUCUCUCUCUCUAUCAGAGAGUCUCUCUCUCAUCGCGAUCACGCUUGCAGGGAACCGAGUCUCUCUCUCUACUCGAUCGCGCCUCCAAGCAACUGAGUAUUGUGUGUCGAGUGCCGACUUCUCCAGCCCACCGAGCAGCCGUUCCUUCGAAGCUCACCAAGCAGUCGUUCCUUCGCAGCUCACCAUAGCGGUCCAGAUCCAUCCACCGUCCACGGUCCAUGCCGUACUGAAGGAUCUAAUUCACAAGGCUAUCAGCGAAACUCUAUUUAAACCUUUCAGAUCUAGAGAAAGGAGAGAGGAAACAGAUGGAUCCGGAUUCAGUGAGAUCAACUUUGUCUAACUUAGCAUUUGGAAAUGUGAUGGCAGCUGCUGCUCGUGAUUAUCAGAAGGAGUUGCUUGCUCAAGGGAAGCCACAAGCAUCAAGUUCUUUCAACCAGGAGGUCGACCUUGAUGAGUUGAUGGAUGAUCCGGAGCUGGAAAAAUUGCAUGCAGAUAGGAUUGCAGCUCUCAAGAAAGAAGCUGAGAAGCGGGAAGCAUUAAAAAGGCAAGGGCAUGGAGAAUACAGGGAGAUUACUGAGGGGGAUUUCUUGGGUGAAGUUACCAGUAGUGAAAAAGUGAUUUGUCAUUUCUAUCAUCAGGAGUUCUAUCGCUGCAAGAUAAUGGAUAAGCAUUUGAAGUCCCUAGCACCAAGGCACAUUGGUACAAAGUUCGUCAAGCUGGAUGCAGAGAAUGCACCCUUCUUCAUUGCGAAACUAGGAGUCAAGACUUUGCCUUGUGUUAUAUUGUUCAGGAAAGGAAUCGCAGUUGAUAGGCUGGUUGGAUUUCAAGAUCUGGGAGGAAAAGACGAUUUCACAACAAAGACAAUGGAAGUGCUACUAAUAAAGAAAGGUAUUCUUAGUGAGAAGAAAGAAGAUGAAGAUGAAGAAGACGAUGGAAAUCAUGAAAAUAUGUGCAGGGCAGUGAGAUCCUCAAUGAAUCCUGAUUCUGAUUCCGACUGAAAAUGGAAGAAUUGCACUUUGUCUACAUGGAUUCUCAUUUUAGGUCAUUUGGGGUAGGGGAGGGUUUUAAACGAGUGCUUGUGUUGUUAAAUUCACUUAUAAUUAAUUUGGAUUUAUACCAACGGCUUCUUUUUUGGAUUCUGAUUACUAAAUACUAAAUCAGGGAAUUUCUAUCGGUGUGCCGAGUGUUUAUGGGACACCAAGGAUUCAUGGAAGUAAUUGAAGGUUAUUAAAAGGUUUAGGUCUUGUUUGAUUAUAUAGAUGAGAUGAGAUGAAAGUUGAAUAAAAUAUUAUUAAGAUAUACUUUUCGAAUA